AUGGCAGAUCUUCCACCGGCAAGGUUGGCAGCCUUUACACGACCUUUUUCCUUCGUGGGCAUAGAUUAUUUCGGUCCGUUCACAGUGUCCAUCGGUCGCAGGUCGGAGAAACGUUGGGGAGUUUUGGUAACGUGUUUGACUGUGAGAGCCGUGCAUUUGGAAGUCGCCCAUUCACUGACAACGAGUUCAUGUAUCAUAGCGUUACGCAAUUUCAUGGCUAGACGAGGUGUGCCAAUUGAAAUCUAUAGUGACCAAGGAACAAAUUUCAAGGGAGCGAGUAAGGAGUUACAAAUUGCGUAUAGGAAUAUUGAUCACGAUCAAGUCAUGCGAGAAUUCAUUAGUCCCAGAACCCGCUGGGUGUUCAUACCUCCUGUUUCCCCUCACAUGGGUGGCUGUUGGGAGCGCCUUGUCCAAUCGGUGAAAAGAAACUUAUCGCAUGUGAUGGAAAACAAAAGAUUGACUGACGAAGUCCUACAUAAUGCCUUGGUCGAAAUAGAAAACAUCAUAAACAGUCGCCCGCUUACACAUGUUCCUAUGCUGGACGAUGGGGUUACCUUGACGCCCAAUCACCUCCUCCUUGGUUCGUCAAGUGGAUGUAAACCCUUAGUUGAGUUUGACGAUAGCGCUAAAGGAGUAAUUCAUGGAUGGAAAAUUUCUCAAGUUUGUGCUAAUGAAUUUUGGAAGCACUGGAUCAAAGCUUAUCUACCAGAAAUCACACGACGAGCAAAAUGGUUUACUAAAACCAAACCCAUAGCGGUAGGAGACGUGGUAAUAGUGGUUGACCCCAACUUACCCCGCAACUGUUGGCCAAAGGGAAGAAUAAUCGAUGCGAAGAUUGCGGAUGAUGGUCAGGUGCGAUCCGCAACCGUACAAACAGUUCACGGCAUAUAUGAGCGCCCGGCAGUUAAACUAGCAGUUCUUGACAUCGGUACCAAAGACUGUAAUCCGUUAAUCGAAGAUCGUCUUACUAGGGGGGAGUGUUGCGAUUCUUCGCAAAGCCCCUCGUCAAUUCACAGCGUUUGUCAUACAAUCAGCGACGGAAAUACACAAGUUGCCAACUAG